AUGACCCGACUUGCAGCGUCCAGCAGCCCCCACCGGGCCAUGACCAGCCGCCUGGUGCUGCUGGCGGUGGUGGCCGUACUGUGCCUGAUGGCACCGCAGGGAGUGAGUGCACAAGACGUUGAAUCAAGAAACUCUAAUAAGCCACGUCAUCCCAAGCCCAAGGCCCCCGAGCAGCCGACUGCCCCUAAGCAGCCCAAGGCUCCCAAGCAGCCCAAGGCCCCAGAGCAGCCGACUGCCCCUAAGCAGCCCAGGGCUCCCAAGCAGCCCAAGGCCCCCGAGCAGCCGACUGCCCCUCAGCAGCCCAAGGCCCCUAAGCAGCCCAAAGCCCCAGAGCAGCCGACUGCCCCUAAGCAGCCCAAGGCCCCUAAGCAGCCCAAGGCUCCCGAGCAGCCCAAGGCCCCCGAGCAGCCGACUGCCCCUCAGCAGCCUAAGGCCCCCAAGCAGCCCAAGGCCCCAGAGCAGCCGACUGCCCCUAAGCAGCCCAAGGCUCCCAAGCAGCCCAAGGCCCCAGAGCAGCCGACUGCCCCUAAGAAGCCCAAGGCUCCCAAGCAGCCCAAGGCCCCAGAGCAGCCGACUGCCCCUAAGCAGCCCAAGGCUCCCAAGCAGCCCAAGGCCCCCGAGCAGCCGACUGCCCCUAAGCAGCCCAAGGCUCCCAAGCAGCCCAAGGCCCCAGAGCAGCCGACUGCCCCUAAGCAGCCUAAGGCCCCCAAGCAGCCCAAGGCCCCAGAGCAGCCUAAGGCUCCCAAGCAGCCCAAGGCCCCCGAGCAGCCCAAGGCCCCUAAGCAGCCCAAGGCCCCCAAGCAGCCUUUGGCCCCUAAGCAGCCCAAGGCCCCCGAGCAGCCGACUGCCCCCAAGCAGCCCAAGGCCCCCAAGCAGCCUUUGGCCCCUAAGCAGCCCAAGGCUCCCAAGCAGCCCCAAAUUCCCCUACAGCCCGUGAAGGUCGAAGUCGAGAAAGUCGAGAAGCUGAAGGUGAAAGGCAAGAAGUUCAAGGGCAAGAAGUGGGAUUAUAUGAUUUCAGACUCCAUGCUUGAGUUCAAGGAAGCGGACAACUUUUGCAAGUCCGAGGGCUAUGUUCUGGUGCCGCGAGUCGACAAUACGAAGUCAGACGCUGUUGAUUCAGCCUGCUACCACAGCGGCAAGGGCUGCUGGCUAUCAGACGAGAAGGCCGAUUCUUGCACGUAUGUGAAUUCCAAGGGAGGCGAUAAGGCGUAUGUGAACGACUGCAAGGUCAAGAACUACGCGCUGUGCUAUGGAACCGAAAAUGGGAAGCCUUGA